CAGCCUGAGGAUGAGGAGUAUGCUUCAUCACUGGAACAUGGAUCUGAGGAGCAUUGUGGCUGUGUUUGUUUGCUUGUCCCUCGGCAAGUGUGCUAAUGUCCCCGACCUUCGUAAUUUACCGAUGAGUUUGAUGUCCAAUGAGACGGGGACCCUGCCGGUGGGGCCCGUGGCAGAACCGGAUCUGUCUUACUGUCAGAUGAUUUUAGAAGCUCCAGUUCCCCCCACGGCUGAUCAGGUACCGUGGUACUGCAUCUGCUCCGCCUGCUCCGGUAACAGAGGUCAGAAGGGAGAAAGAGGAGACCGUGGACUACCAGGGAGUCCUGGUAGUGCCGGUCCGAGAGGUCUUACUGGGUUUCCCGGUCGUCCGGGAUUCACAGGACGUCCUGGUUUAAAGGGUGAGAAAGGUGAAUUGGGGGACAAAGGUGAAAUCGGUCCAAUCGGACGCACAGGGACAAAAGGAGACCGUGGGUUCAAAGGUGAGAAGGGUGACCCCGGUCUUUUCGGGCCUGCGGGUGAACCAGGUCCAAAAGGAGAGGAGGGUCAGUGCCCAGAAACCUGCGAGCCCCUUCCAGGACCGCCUGGGGAAGAUGGUCUUCCCGGCCCUGUGGGAGCACGAGGGUUACCCGGGCUAAAUGGAGAGUCUGGUGCAAAAGGGCAGAAGGGAGAUCCGGGCUUGGCCGGUGUGCCGGGCACUCCGGGUAUACCAGGUCAGAAAGGUUCCCAAGGUUUACAGGGCCUGUGUAACUGCAAGGAUGGAGCUCCGGGGACCCAGGGUCCUCAGGGGGAAAAGGGUGAUAAGGGUGACACGGGCACAGCAGGGCCACAGGGUGUGAGUGGAGCACCGGGACCCAAAGGUAAUCAAGGUGAUUUUGGAAUGCCGGGUGCACCAGGACCGUGCUCGCCCGCCGUGCAGUCGGCUUUCUCGGCCGCCCUGACCACCUCCUUUCCACAACCCAGCCGUCCGGUGCAGUUCAAACGCAUCAUCACCAAUGUGCUCCAGAACUACAACCCCGAUUACGGCAUCUACACGGCCCCCGUUAACGGAACCUACGUGUUUAGCUACCACCUGCAGGUGUCCACCCGCUCGCUGAAGGUGGGACUCUUCCGCAACUUUGAGGCCGUGGUGAAGACGACUACGCCGGUUGAGAUGAACACCGCGUCCCACCAGGUGGUGUUGAGCCUGACCCAGGGCGAUUGGGUUUGGGUGCAGGUGCGAGAUACCAGCACUAACGGCAUGUUCGCCGGGACGGAGGCCAGCAGCACGUUCAGCGGGUACCUCCUGUAUCCAGACAACUGUGACGACAUGGCCCCGAGAGAUUUCUUUAUUGAUCAAGAGUUCAAUGGAGACUUCGUCUGGGGCGAGACAGAUGGAACACAGCCUUAGAGAUCUCUUAACCUCUUCCUACAUCCUACAUUAUUACAACUGCACCCUAAAUCUACAUUCUGUAUCCGUGGAUCCGGGUUUGGGGACCUACAGCAUUGCACAUUUUGUAAGCAUCUUUUAUUUAACACUCCUGAUGCGAAUCAAAAGCUGUUAGCAGAGAUUUGUAAACUGAAUCAGGUCUGUUAGAUGAGAGAGACAUAAAAUCUGCAAUGGUGUGGGUUCACAGCUCCAGAAUAAAAAAAACAAUGCUUUCGAUUUUAAACUGCUUUCUACGACAAAUCUGCUUGCCCAAUACUAUACCCAAUAUCUGUUGCUAUAAUAGUGCACAUUACACAGAGAGUCUUUUGAAAGACUUCUGUAUUUAGAUUGUAGAUGUAUAAAGCUCAGCUGAAAGAAGAUCUGUCUCAUAUGUUUUGAAUAGUUGUCCAGGUGGACACAUGUGGCGUCUAUUUACACUAACUUGUCUAACUUGAUUCGUUUUUUUGUUCAUGUAUAAAUACAGAUCAGUCGAUAAGACCAGAUUACAGUCCCACCCUUGUAUAGAGGUCAUAAGAAACCUCAGUCGAAGAAGACGAUCCAUCACCAUGAAGUUAUUCUGCAGACACAUCACAUAAUGUUUCAGAAAGAACUGGGUAUGUAAGGGAGUAACGUAAGAGAGAGGGGAAUUGUCCGAUAUGAAACAGAUAGUGAAAAACAAUGGAUAGAGAGAAAGAGAGAAAGUCUUGCAUGCUGCAGAAAAUAGCAAGAUAUCUAAAUGAUAACACAACACAUGACACAUAAGAUGUUCUGUGAAUUAAUGCUUUCAAAUAUAAUUCCAAUAAAUGUGUAAACUGUUA